GAACCCUGCAGAUCAGUCUUCUUGCACUGAAGUUGUAAUCCUGCUUAAGAUUUGUGGGGCUCCCGUUUUCUUCAUAAAACUAAGUAAUCCUGCGUUGGAUUUGUAGGGUUACCAUUUUCUUCAUCAAACGAAGUAUUCAAUUGUUGGCCCUGCUUUAGUGCAUUUGUUGAAUUUGGUCUAUGGCCUGAAUGUGAAUCUGGUGGGAUGAAACAUCAAUAUGGUUGUGGUAUUUGAUCAUCUCAAGGCAUUCUAAGUUGCAUGGAUCGAAUUUGUGCAUGACUGAGAACUUCUGGGAUUCAAGUGUUUACGUAGUUAUCAUCUGUUCAAGGAUGGUCAGGAUUUGCAAUGCUUCUUGUAGUGCAGCAAUUCCCUCUAAUCUUACGCAAUUUCAGGUAGAUAGGAAGUUCGGUGUCUUUUGCAUGCUGUGGUUGGUGCAAAAGCUUUUGGCGUAGGAAUGGAGGCUUACCUAUGCCAUGAUGCAUAUGGGCAGCUUAUGUCUAAUUGGAUUUUCUUUUCCAACUGAAUUUUAAUCCAUGCUUACAUUAAGUAUAGAACUUUGUUUUCUGGUUCGGACUGCCCACUGCUUAUUACUUCUUUUUUUUUUCAUUUACUAGUUCUAACAUUUCUAGUACCACUUUUGAUUGGAUGUGGUUCAGCCAGUUGUGUGGUUGGCUAUCUAUAAUCUCAUGCUUCUCGGGUCCUGUAGCACCAAGGCCAUGCAGCGACAGUUCAGUGCGAAGAUAUGAAUCCAUGCUUAGAGUCUCUUCUAGAUCAUAGGAAUGACUAAAUGAUGAUUCGGAUGUUGACAUCAAUCUCAAGUUGACUAUUGGAACACUAUUGUUCAACUGGUGAACAACUGUCCUCGUCGGCGGAUUGGGUGGCGGCUCAUCAUGGCGGUUUUAUUUGAAAUAAUCACGUCUCGUCCCGUCUUUUAUGAGUCGCCGAUGUAGUAGUAGUAAAAACAAAAACAAAAAACAAAAAACUUGUCCUCGUCCCCCGAGCUCUUUCAACGGCGUUUAGGAGAUCUGGGAGUGAGAAGCGGGAGAGAUGUGCCGGGGGAGGUCGUCCUCGAGCAGGUGGUGGAACCUUCGCCCCUCCUGCUAUUUGAAGCGGCCGAGGCAGAUGGCGCUGGUCCUCAUUGUUUUCUUCUUCAUCACCGUCGGCCUCUGGGAUCGGCAAUCCAUGGUCCGGGAACACGAGGUAGAAGUUUUGAAAAUAAAUGAGGAACUGAUUCAGUUGCAAGAUCAGUUGCGGAAAAUAGAAGAUAAUUAAUGGAAUUCUGGAGAAGGCAUAAUCGGCAACCUUGGUAAAUUGAGCAAUAUGGAUCUUGUCAACCAUGAUCCUAUUGACAAUCAACGAAGAGAAAAAGUGAAAGAGGCUAUGCUUCAUGCAUGGAAUUCUUAUGAAAAAUAUGCAGGGGGCCAAGAUGAACUUCAGCCAAUAUUAAUGAAAGGGGUCUAUACUUUUGGUGGUCUUGGAGCUAUCCUUGUGGAGUCUCUUGAUACACUUUGCAUAUUGGGCCUGAAGGAUCAAUUCCAGAAGGCUAGAGAGUGGGCUGCAAACUUCUUGGAUUUCAACAAGGAUUAUGUAGCAAGCGUUUUUUUCGAGACAUCCAUAAGCUUGCUUGGACUUGUUACAAUUUCUAUCAAUCAAUUCCUCAAAAAUUGGCUGCAGAGUAUUAUUUCUUUCAUCAAGGCCUGACAUAACAUCAACAUUCCUGGAAAAACUCAUGUGAUUAUAUCAUGAUGGAUGCCUGAAUUUUCAUUAAACACAACUGCAGGAUAUGAAUGUUGACACAUCAUGGAAUAUACUGAGGCUGGAGACUGUUGAAUUACUCAUGUACCUCUGGCAUUUGACUGGAAAAAAACAUACCAAGAGUGGGGCUGGAACACCAAGCAUUUGAGAAGAACUCUCAUAGAGGUUCUGGUUAUGUUGUACUGAAGGAUGUCUGUAUUCCUCAAACUGAUGCUCUUUUAUACCUCUUUGUACUUCUUGUAUCCUAGCAGCUGUUAAUGCUAUGACCUUGACUUGACCUGAUUGAGUUCAUUUUGGAAUUUGACCUGAUCCAAACUGUUUGUGUUUGGUACAAGCUCUACUAAACCAAGUUGGUAUCAGUUCUGUAACCAGGCAUGUUAGUUCUAUAGUUUGGCUCUACACCAGUUAGGCCUAUUAUAGAGUUCUGGUUCAGACCAAGUGUGUGGUGGGGUCAGGUCAAUUCUUGAUCGGGCCCUGAUAGGAUAACUCCAUGCCUGGACCUCAAAAUGCACACUUAGGUCAGGAAAUUUCUUUUACUUUGCCUGUUCGCCCUUUACUGCCCAGACUUACCUUGAUUUCAUGACUUCCAGACCCAUAUUACCAGUAGCAUUUCUGGUGCUAAAUAUUCUGUUCCUUGUCAAAAUGCAUGUAAUGUGCUGCAGCUCCUGCUGCUGUUGACUCGUUUACACAUCAUGGUGUGUGCUUUCAUUCUAUAACUGUUAUAUAGAAUGUGGGAUGCUGGUUAUCUUUGCAGAAUUUGUAUCAU